AUGUCGUACUCAUCGCAACGCUACGAUCUUGACGCUGCGGCAGCUAGGAGGCGAAACUCCGUCUAUUCGAACCAUAGUGCUUACAGUGACUACGAUCGGCGUCGCAGCAGAAGGUCCUCAAGUAGUCGUGAUUCUCACUCGUACUCACGUAGGUCUGGCGAAUCCGAAGUGCCUUACCAUAUGAGAUGGGAACAGCAACAUCACUAUUCCAGACGAGAUCAGGACCUGCACCCGAGAAGGGGCUCAGCUUCUUCCCCAGUAUUGGACGACGAUUACUCUCAUUUGAACAGAGAGCGCCGUGCGAGCAAUGACAGACGACGCUCUCUCUCUGACAGAGGGCGGGAUCGUUCGCCGCAGGAGGAGAUCAACACAACGCUCAACAGUGGUCGGGCACCAAAACUCAGGCGAGGGUCGACAUAUGGUACUUACAUCGUGCCCCUCGAUAUGCAAGGACGCUAUCAAACUUCGGACCCCACGAGAUGUACUUGCAGAUGUUGCCCCCAUCCGACAGGUAUCUCCCAUAGCCACGAUAACUAUGGACAUAUGUCCGACGUGCAUACUACCAGUCAAGGCCAUUCGCAUGCGCCCCACAGAUACAACCGCAAUGGCAGGCCUGUCUUUGAAGUAUAUGACAACACAAGGAAUGGAAUGCGAAGCGAAAACAGUUUUUCGUUUACCAUUUCAGUCCACCCCCGAGCAUCAUGUGACCGCAUCGUGGCCUUCUUGGCACCCGACAAGCGGUACGCCAAGGUUCUAGUGCACUGGAACAACGGGACGGUGCAGAGGCUCGACAGCAAUGUCCCGAUGGUUGAUCUUCUAGAAUACGCAGAAUAUCUCGAGAUCAGGGAGGUGAAGCAGGUGCGCUGGGCAGCCUGA